CAACAUAAACGAAACUCAGUUACUCGCUCUUAGUUACAAUAAAAUUUUGAGUGCGUUAGGCAGACAUUAAUUAGAGUAUUAGUAUUAGUUAGUGAAGCCACAAUGGGUGAUUUGACGACUUUGGUGGAUUCGCAAGAUAAAAUAUUGGAGCGUUUGGGCGACUGCGAUAAGCAGCGCGUGAGUCACAUGGACUUGCUGAGUCAUCGUGUGAGAUGCCACAAGAUUGAAAUCUUUCACUAUGACGACGAGGUGAGCUUUACGCCCGAUGAGGAAGAGGAAGAGGCCACAGGCACGCUGCUGUCCGGCGGGGAUCAUACGGACGAUGAGGAGCGUGCGCUGCAGUUUGCCAAUGAGUUGGACUGUCUAGUGCGACGCAUUGAGCAAAUGCAAUUGUUGAUCAGAGAGCGUCAACAGGCGGAGCAGCAGUCGCUGCAAGAGCAAGAGGAAGAGGAAGAAGCUGAGAGCGAGGACGAGGGCGAGGCCGAGUCCGAGGAGCUGGCAGUGCAGCUGCCUAGCGAUCUCAGCGAAUCGGCGCAGCUUGAGGUGCGAAAUCUGCUGCACGCUCAGCAUCGCCUGCAAUGCGAGAUUGAUGAAAUGAUCUGCAGCUAUAAUCAAACGCGUCGUUUGCUGCAAUCGCUGCGCACGUCCAUGUGCCAGGAGAAUCAUCGACUGCGCCAGCUCAGCCAGUCGAUCCAAGUGCAUCUCGAGUGGUCUCAGCAGGUCACCGCCGAAAUGGGCAGCUGCAAGCAGCGCUAUCUGCAUCUCCUCGACAAGAAGUUGGCCAAGUCCGAGGCCGAGCGCGUCAUACGCGCUCACAUCUCCAAAGCGCUGCGGCGCCAGCGUCAGUUUCUGUCGCAGCCUCAGCUGCAGUUCGAGCUGCGCGAGUUUCGUCUCGAGCUGGCCGAGCUCAUGGAGUACGCGCAGGACUUGCGCGUCGAGAUGCAGCGCCGCCUGAAGAUCUAUGAGCGCGAGAUGCGCGCACGCGCCGCCAAACGCAGCAAGAAAACAAAACCAGUGCGCAGCUGUUGCUCCAACAAAACUUAAUAAAAACAAAUCUAAG